AUGUCCCGCGGGCCGACCAUCAACCGCGAGGAGGAGGACGACGACCGGGCGCUGCCCUUCCCGGCGGCGGAUCGCGAGCGCGAGGUGCGCGUGACGCUGCGGCGCCACACGACGGGCGUCGUGACCUUCGGCGACACGGGCGACCUGUGUACGGAGACGGACGACGUGGACGUGGAGCUGGUGCAGAAGGACGCGCUCAAGCAGCUCAUGCGCCACGGCAGCGUGCUCUUUGCCGGCGGCGUGGCCGGCAGCGUCGGCAAGACGGUCACGGCCCCGCUCAGCCGCCUCACGAUCCUCUUCCAGGUGCACAGCAUGGUGUCCACGCGCCACACCGACCGCUUCUCACCCACCGUGAGCAGCGCCUUCACCAAGGUGCUCAAGAACGAGGGCGUGCUGGCCUUCUGGAAGGGCAACGGCGCCAGCGUGCUGCACCGCUUCCCGUACUCGGCCGUCAACUUCUUCACGUUCGAGAUGAUCAAGAACGGCAUCAUCGCGCAGAACCACCCGGCCUUUACUGAGACCUCCUGGAUGACGAUGUUCGCGUCGGGCGCGCUGGCCGGCGCAACUGCCACGGUGGCCUGCUACCCGAUCGACCUCAUCCGAACGCGACUGGCGACGCAGCUUAAUUCAGAUAUCCGCUACACGGGCAUUCGCCACGCCGUCCAGCGCAUCAGCGCCGAGGAAGGUGUGCUGGGACUGUACCGUGGCAUGGGCGCCACGCUCAUGGUCACUGUCCCCAACCUGGCCAUCAACUUUACGCUGUACGAAUCGCUGAAGGACUACGCGCGGACGUUCCGCCGCAGCCAAGCACUCGCAGGACUGACAGGCGUGGAGAGGGAGCAGGCUGCGGAGAUGCACGACGGGGCGCACCUGUGCGUGACGGACACGCUGCUGUGUGGCGGCACCGCCGGUAUCGCAUCGUCGCUGCUGACGUUCCCGAUCGACGUGGUGCGUCGCCGAUUGCAGAUCUCGGCCAUUCACGCUCAGAGCGCAGGCAUCAAACCGACGCCCUCGGGCAUUGCGUCGGAGCUGUUCCAGACGCAGGGCGUGCGUGGAUUCUACCGGGGUCUGACGCCGGAACUCAUGAAAGUGGUGCCGAUGGUGGGCAUUACGUUCGGCACCUUUGAGCGGCUCAAGAAGCUGCUGACAGUGGACGAUUAG